AUGGAGCAGUGUGCAGGAGGAGCAGUCCUGAAGUUGAGUUUGCGAGGCGACACGGCGGCGGCGGCGGCCGCGCUGCUCCCGCUCCUCGGCCUCCCCAUGGAUAUGCACUGCAAAGCAGAUCCCUUCUCCGCGAUGCACCCAGGGCACGGGGGUGUGAACCAGCUCGGGGGGGUGUUUGUGAACGGCCGGCCCCUGCCCGACGUGGUGAGGCAGCGCAUCGUGGAGCUGGCCCACCAGGGUGUGCGGCCCUGUGACAUCUCCCGGCAGCUGCGGGUCAGCCAUGGCUGCGUCAGCAAAAUCCUGGGCAGGUACUACGAGACUGGCAGCAUCAAGCCUGGAGUGAUUGGUGGCUCCAAGCCCAAGGUGGCAACGCCCAAAGUGGUGGACAAGAUCGCUGAAUACAAGCGACAGAACCCAACCAUGUUCGCCUGGGAGAUCCGGGACCGGCUGCUGGCUGAGGGCAUCUGCGACAAUGACACGGUUCCCAGCGUCUCAUCCAUCAACAGGAUCAUUCGGACCAAAGUUCAGCAACCUUUCCACCCAACGCCGGAUGGGGCAGGGACAGCAGUGACCGCCCCUGGCCACACCAUCGUUCCCAGCACGGCCUCCCCUCCUGUUUCCAGCGCCUCUAACGACCCAGUGGGAUCCUACUCCAUCAAUGGGAUCCUGGGGAUUCCUCGCUCCAAUGGUGAGAAGAGGAAACGUGAUGAAGUCGAGGUAUACACUGGUCCUGCCCACAUUAGAGGAGGUGGAGGUUUGCAUCUGGUCUGGACUUUAAGAGAUGUGUCUGAGGGCUCUGUGCCCAAUGGAGACUCCCAGAGCGGUGUGGACAGUUUGCGGAAGCACCUGCGAGCCGACACCUUCACCCAGCAGCAGCUGGAGGCUUUGGAUCGAGUCUUCGAACGUCCUUCCUACCCUGACGUCUUCCAGGCAUCAGAGCACAUCAAAUCAGAACAGGGGAAUGAAUACUCUCUCCCAGCCCUGACCCCUGGGCUUGAUGAAGUGAAGUCAAGUCUAUCUGCAUCCGCCAACCCCGAGCUGGGCAGCAAUGUGUCAGGCACACAGACAUACCCCGUCGUGACCGGUCGUGAUAUGGCGAGCACCACUCUGCCUGGUUACCCCCCACACGUGCCCCCCACUGGCCAGGGAAGCUACCCUACCUCCACCCUGGCAGGAAUGGUGCCUGGGAGCGAGUUCUCAGGCAACCCAUACAGCCAUCCCCAGUACACCGCCUACAACGAGGCUUGGAGAUUCAGCAACCCCGCCUUACUAAUGCCGCCCCACGGGGCUCCGCCCCUGCCGCUGCUGCCGCUGCCUAUGACCGCCACUAGUUACCGCGGGGACCACAUCAAGCUUCAGGCAGACAGCUUCGGCCUCCACAUCGUCCCCGUCUGA